UUCUGGAGUUUGGAAGGCAGCCAUGGGAGUGUUGAAGCACAUCCUCACUCAAUCUCGCCGCCAUUGCCUCACCAAACCCCCUUCUCUUUCGACUCCUCAAUUUCUUGGGUUCCACAGAUCCCUCUCCUCCGAACCCAACCCCGAUGCCGAUUCUCCCCCCAACGAAUCCUCCCGAAGAACCCCUCGCUCCGUUCCCAUUCAGCCUGUCUCGUACUCUGUCAAGCCCAAGCCGGAAUCGGCUCAGGAUCAGGACUCUCCGGAACCUCCCCAAGCACAGUCUCCGCCGUCUCCUCCUCCUCGGCGGCCGCGGGAGCCGUUGAGUCCGGAGACCCGACGGACCUGGACUCGCGAGGAUGUUCGGUAUAUGAAGGAUGCUCCGUCUAUAAAUCCGGUAUCUUAUCCGACGCGUGUUGCUCCGCUUCCGGAAGAUAAGAGCUCGGCUUCGGGCGAUGCGGCUUUGGGAGAGGGUCAGGAGAGUGCGCAGAUGGAGGAGGAGAGGAAGAGAAUUGAAGCGGAGAAUCAGUGGAGGAGGAGGGUUUUCAGGGUUGCGGAAGAGGAUAAGGUAACUGCUCCAUUUCCAAUGCUGAUCAAGGUCGAGAAGAAAGAGCAGAAGGUGGUUCUUGAUUUGAUGGACGCAAUCCGGCAAGUGAAGGCUAAUGGCAAGCGGAAUUUUGAUGAGACUGUUGAAGCACAUGCAAGAUUGGGGGUUGAUGCUAGGAAAAUGCAAGUUCUGGGUAACAUGACUUUGCCCCAUUCCAUUGGAAAGUCUGUCAGAGUGGCUUUCUUUGCUGAAGGAGCUGAUGCUGAGGAAGCAAGGGCUGCUGGAGCUGAUAUUGUAGGUGGCGUUGAACUAAUAGAGGAAAUUGCAACCAGUCGGAAAUUCAAUGUUGAUAAGUGUUUCUCAACACCCGAAAUGAUGAGGCGCAUUGGCAAGAUAUCAAAGAUUUUGAGACAGCGUGGGUUGCUACCAGAUCCUAAACUAGGUACUGUAACCAGUGAUGUCAGAGGGGCCUUAAAGAAAGCAAGAGAAGGUCACAUGCACUUUAAAAUGGAUGCUACAUCAAUUGUGCAUGUGGGGCUUGGGAAGGUGAGUCAUUCGGAAGAGUCCUUACGAGAAAAUAUUGGCGCAUUUGUGAAUGCUCUUUUGCUUGCAAAGCCUGCAGGCUUGAAAAAAGCCUCAAAAUAUGCUGGAUAUGUAAAUUCCUUCCACAUAUGUAGCACGAUGGGUCCUGGAUUCCCAGUUACGAUACAAUCUUUGUCCAAAGUUGCAGAUCAAUACAACAGAAAGUACUUAAGCGGUGUGAUCCGCUGACAUCUCUAAUAUAGAUCCUUUCUUUUUGUAGCCAUUUUUUCCGUCUUUGGUCUCCCCUGCCCCCAGUUAUAAUUUUAUUGUGACAAAUCGGGAAGCAGUCUAGAUCUGAGUAGAUUUUCUUCAACCAUUUACUGAGGGCAUAUUUUCGUUUACUGAGGUACAAAUUGUUAGCUUUUUUACCAAAUUGUGGCAGAGUCAUUUUGAAUUUGCUCUGCUUUGUUGUAUUUAAAUGAUCAUCUGGGCUCUUGCCAAUUUGUUUAUCACUGAACUCGAGCUAUGGUUUUUGUGACUUGAAAACUCACGUCACCUGCUUGUUCUGGAAAAUAAAAGGCAAGUUUUCUGAUAGAGUGGGGAUUUGAUGGAGACUGGAUUUGUUCAUAACUUAUUGAAUGAAACAUGGAUUUGUUCUUCUAA